GUUCGCAUCCUCAGUAUUGUGCAAGCAGAGGCAGGGUGCGCUUCAGCAUCAUCAUUGUACAGCUCGUAUAGGUGGCCCACAGAGCUAUACAUUUAGAAGGAAACGUUAGAAGAAAACUGAUUUGAUUCAAAGAGGAUUUUAAUUCGGAACGAGACUCGGGAACACCUGGCACCCUGUUCCACCUAACCGUACACUGAUCUAUUUAUUUUACUUUAGAAAGGCUGGGAAUUUGAUGAGAAAGUCGUGUAAGGUUAUUCCAUUAUUCUGUCAGAGUGACUCGUGCCUGAUUUCAGGGUUCUUUCUCACAGCAGUGCACGCGUGGGCUCUUGUCAGGAUGCGCAGUGACAGUGUGUUGGCCCUUUUGAACUUUUGCGUGUUGCUGCGUGCGUCCGCGGGUCAAGUGUGUGCGCCGUGCACGAACCGCGCGUGCCCACCAGUCCCCGCACAAGGCUGUGAGGAAGGGCGCGUCCUGGCGCGGGACCCGUGCGGCUGUUGUGAUCAGUGCGCGCGACUCGAGUUGGAGGUGUGCGGCGGCGAGAACUGGCAGCAAGGCUACUGCGCCCCGGGGCUCACAUGCACCGCUCUCAACCACACCGGCGCAAUUACCAUUCCUGAUAAAGGGGUCUGCAAAGUGGAGCUGAAGUGUGCUGGGAUCACAUGCCCGACUCUAGCUGUACCCGAGUGCCCUUCUGACUCUGUGCUGACCCGCAACUACAUGCCCCCCUCAGGCUGCUGCCUUACAUUACCACCCCAGUGCACCUGUACUCAAUGCCCACCUCAGCCAGAAUGUCCCAGUGGCCACAAAGCUGUGAUCGUCAGUGAGGCCACAGGAGCACCAGGCAACUGCUGUGACUCCUACAAAUGCGAGAAAGUUUCCCCCAAGUGUGUGUACAACGGGACCGAGUUUGCUGAGGGUGAGGUGUACCGCUUGGACUCCUGCUGGCUAUGUCAGUGCCGUGGAGGCAUCUCAUUCUGUUCCAAGACUGAGUGUGCUGAGCUGGAGUGCGAUAACUUUUACAUCCCAGAGGGUGAAUGCUGCCCUGUCUGCACAGGUGUGGAGCUGUUAUCAGCAGACAGCACCAAGGCCAUCUGCUGGCAGAACCAUAAGCUGCGGCAACACGAGGAACAGUGGAAAGAGGAUGAUUGCACGUUCUGCCAGUGUGUGGAUGGCGAGACACACUGCACUGCCAUGGUGUGCAAACAGAGCUGCCAUAACCCUGUCAAGAUCCCUGGAGAGUGCUGCCCUUUCUGUGAGGAGCCUUCAUAUGAGACUGUGAGCCCAUUACUGUGUCCCCCACUUGAAAACUGCUCUCUGUCAGGACAUGAAUGUCUUUUUGGCUUUGAGCAGGACCACAAUGGCUGUCUUCUCUGCCAGUGUCUAACCAACAACUCUUGCCCUAAACUGUCCAGCUACUGCAACGAGCAGUGUCCCAUGGGAUAUAAGAAGGAUGACUAUGGUUGUGAAGUAUGUGAGUGCAACACACCCUCUGAGUGUAGACCUCUGAACUGCAGAAAGACUUGCCCAUACGGCUAUGUGAGAAAUAAACAUGGCUGUGAGAUGUGUCGCUGCAUUAAGUGCCCCCCCUUCACAUGUGACAAGCAGUGCAGUGACGGCUAUAAGCAGAACAGAAAAGGCUGCAACAUUUGCCUCUGUAAAGAGAGUGAGCGUGGUGUUAGCACUACCGCUUCUACACCAGUGAGCAGCCACUGUCUGACUGCGAAUGGCCAGCAGUUUGAAGAGGGUGAGAGCUGGCAUGAUGGCUGCAGGGACUGUUACUGCCACGCUGGACGUGAGAUGUGUGUCCUUAUCUCCUGCCCAGCACCCAGCUGUACAAACCCAGUGCUCAGGUCACACCAGUGCUGUCCCAGCUGUGAGGAGGAGUUAGGCAGCGGGUAUCCUGGGGGAAUGGACAUGGUGGUUUGCCAAGCUCCUGGAGACGAGCUUUAUGUGGAAGGUGAUACUUGGAACCUGGAUGAAUGCACUCGCUGUACCUGCAGGCAAGGCCGAGUGCUAUGUGACACAGAAGUAUGCCCCCCUGCCCUCUGCCAGACACCAACCAGGACCAAAGGGACCUGCUGCCUCAGCUGCCAUGAGGAAAAUCCCAACUUCCUUCCUGUCAAUAACAGCCAACGAGAAUAUUGUACCUCCAGUGAUGGAGACAUACUCUUGGCUGGUGAUUCAUGGAAACCGAAUGCCUGCACUAGUUGCAUUUGCAACAAUGGGACCAUUCAGUGUUUCUCCCAGCGAUGUCCAGCUGCCAGAUGCAAAGUGCCAGUGCUUCGUAAGGGACAGUGCUGUCCACAGUGUCUAGAUGUUACAACAACCUCAGUGCCAGUGAUGGUUACAACAACAAUCAAGCCUACAAGUAAAACUGGUGACGCUGUUGCAAUCACUGCAAGUGAGGUUUGGAGCACAGUGCAUGCAGUAGUUCCUGUUACAGAUGGCAGAAGUUGGAGUGAGGAUAUCCCAGCUGACAUGGAAAUGUCGCUCAUCUACCAAUCUGCAGCCUGGAUUCUGGCCGCCCUCCUCAUGUCCAUAGUCAUCUUUUUCAUUGUGGCUUUUCUCAUUAACAAGAAGAAAAACUGCAUACAGAUGUCCUGCUACGAUGCACCCAAAAAGACCGUGAUCCUAAAGAAGCAUGUGAACAUGAGCUCGGUUGUGUACACAGAACCAUCCAAGGAGAACAAGCCCCAGAGCGUGAAGAAUGACUGCAGCAUGACCUACUCACCAAACACAAGUUCUCCCUAUGGGGAGCGAAUCAGCAUCCCACGGGCCAAGCUGAGCAACGGACAUGUGAGAGUCCAGCGUUAAGGCCUCCUGCUGGGACUACAGGAUAUUUCCUUUCAUCUCUAUUGGUUUCAUACACAUCCAUGAAGCUCACAGAGCAACUCGCACCACAUGCCAAGGAUUCUUCUGUCUUUUGUUGAGAAGGACCUUUGGUGUCCAGUGGAGGAAAAAGUAUUGUGAAACCUUGCGUCUUACUUUAUUAUAUUGCUGUUUUUUUCCCUCCUGGCCCUUUUUUUGGAGUGCUAAAUUCUUCCCAUAGCUCUCAGGAGCAAGAGGAGGAGAAAGCAUACUUAUUUGGACAUGAGACUACAACAGUCCACUCUGGAGAGAUGCUGGGUUUGAGUUGGACUGGACUGAACAUUGCUAUAGACUUGUGCAUCAAAAUACAAUUCAAAUUUACUUAUUUACAAUGCUCUAUGCUAGAAGUUUACAACCAAGCUUUGAGUUUGCUCCAGCAAAGCGUGACUGGGGUAUGUACAAUAUGUACAGUAUGACCCAAAAUAGAGGGCAACUUCUCUAUGGACAUUUGCAGGGUAAAAAUGAACAUACUGGAAAUUACUAUGACUAAAUUACAUUCAUCAGCCACUUUAUUCAGAACACCUGCUUCAUGCAACUAAGCCAAUCAAGCCAGUGCAUAAAGUCAUGCCAAUACAGGUCAAAAGCCCCAGUUAAUGUUCACAUCAAACAUCAGAAUGGGGAACAUGAUCUCAGCAACCGACCUCAGUGACUUUGGCAUGGUUGUUGGUGACAUAUGCUGGUUUGAGCAUUUUAGAAACUGCAGCCCUCCUGUGAUUAUGUUGGAAUAUUGGAAAAACCUGAUCCUCUGCCCACUGUAGCAUCAGAUUUCUCUUCUUGACUGACAGGAGAGAAACCCAAUGAACUCAUCUGCAAUUGUAGCCCAUCCAUUUUAAUGUGUAAUGUAUAUUGACGAACUUUUCUGCUCACCACGGUUAAGAGUGCUUAUUCGAGUUUCCAUAGGCUUCCUUUCAGCUUCAGCAACUAAAACCAGCCUGCCUGACCCCAACAUCCAAGUCACUGAGAUCACAUUUUUCCCCCAUUCUGAGGUUUGAUAAACAUCUACACGACUUUAUGCAUUGCACACUGCAUUUAUGAUUGGCUAUUGGAAAAUUGCGUGAAUUCAUGGGUGUACAAGUUCACCCAAUAAAGUGGUGAACAUACGGCAGAAUCUGAAUAAUCAGCACCAUGCAAGAGGAGGGGAUCUUCCGAAUCGCUGGUCUAUGUCUAUUUUUUUUUACUUGUAAGUGUAUGAGUUGUAGUCUUAGUGACUUUUAUGAUUUCUAUUAUGGCUUCCUUAAGUAGUAAGUUGUGUCAAUUAAGAACCUAGAGUAAAACAUUCAAAAACAACCACUGAGGGUUAGAAUCUACAACAUGUCCUUGGGAUCUGCUGAUUCAAUAAUAAUAAUAAUAAUAAUAAUAAUAAUAAUAAUAAUAGUCAACCAUUUAUCAAAUGAGUACACUGGCUAUAAGCUCAGAAUUCAGGCUUUAAUUCUUCAGGCUCUUUUGUUUCUUUCAUCCAUAUAUGCCAGUCCAUAUUUUAAUUGUUAUUAUUAUUAUUAUUAUCAUCAUCAUCAUCAUUUCAAUAUUCCAUUCCCCCCUGUAGCCUGUGAGACGUAAUCAAAUAACUAGCUAAUAACUCUGUAACUUGGAUCUGUAGCUAGUAUUUGUGCAUAUUUCAAUACUAAUUAGCAGCAUAAUGCUAAGGACAUAGGCUGCAGACUUAUUAUUCACAUGACUGAUGCAGAACAGGCAGUCGGUAUUAUUCGGGUCAGUUGCUUACCAAAAAUUUGUAAAAUAUUCCAGGAAAGACUGAUGCACAGACAGGGAUUUGACGUUUCUAACAGGAUGGUAAACUGCUUCAGUAAACAGUGUUUCUAUUUGGGUUUCACUGCCAAGAGUAAAGCCCAAACCUUAGUGUGUUACACAACACUUUCACAGGACAAUUCGACUCAGUUUUAAUGUUGUUGUUUUUUUCAUAAGAAGUGUUGCAAUGGGGGGCAGGAAAAUGUAAUGUGGGAGAGGGGUAAAACAAAGCAAGAACUAUUUUAGAUCAUUUUAAUAGCUUUUGGCUUAAAAUGAUGACAAUGGCCAUGUUAGGGUUGUAUUUCCUAAAUGUAAAAAGGUAGAUAAACCAUAGAUGAAGAGUACAUUAUUUAUUUUUUCAGACAGUUUUAUUUAUUAAUACUAAACUAUAGUUUGAGUACCGAAAAAUCUGUGUUGUUUGGAUGUUGACAGAAACCAUAUUAGCCAAAGCUGCUGUACAUUUUUGA